GAUUCGUCUCGAUGCUCGACCCAAGUCGACAUGCGCGGCGCGAGCAAGUUUGAACAUUUUUAUUCGUCUUUAAUCGAGAAUUCGAGACAAUUACAUUAGCAUUCGUUAGCAUUAAUUAUUCAGUUUUUCGUUCGUUUUAUGUCGGAUUAUUUUAAAUAUUGAAUAAUCUUUCUACCACAAAAAUUGAGGAAAUUGAAAAUUGCGAUUGAUAAAAUUCAAUGACCCUGUGUAUAAAAACCAUGAAAUCGUCGUAAAAUAACAUUAUCGUUAUCGUUUUACGUAAUCUUGCAAGUUGGAUAACCUCCAAUGGCUAAGAUAAUCAAGUAAGGUUAUAUUAGCUUUUUAUUACGUGUUACAGUAUAAAAAUAUUUCUUCUGGGAAUCUAAUCGACGUUUUCUUCAUUUCCAACGUUAAUUUUUAAUCUUGAACGAUUGAAAUUUCCGUUAGAUGCAAUUUGCGAUCUGAAACAAUUAACCUCAAAAAGAUUGCUUUCAAACGGGAAUGUGAACGAGGACGAUGCAAUAGCUUCUUCUUCUUCUCCUUUAAUGGCACUCGAUUCCUUAAACGAUGCAUCGACAUCACCAUCUGAUAAAUCUGUGGCUACAAAUAUUGUAUCGAUAUGUUUUCAUUAUCGAGGAGCUUGUGUCGAAGAAACAUUCCACAGAGUGCGAACCACUUUGUCGUGCGUUUCACGGGGAAUUAUUAUCGCUGUGUCUGGCCACGUAAGAAGCUUGUCGCUUCAAGUACAAUCGACUGCAGAAAACUUCAGUACAUAAAAGUACAAAAAUGCGAUUUUCGUACCACGCCGAGUUUGCACGUUCCUCCAUACGUGGCUAUGCUGCUGCGUCCUCUCUUACGCAUCAGCGCAGUUUUGGUAGGGCGUACCAUGAAAAGGUGGUGGACACGCAAGUCAGAGAAAGAGAAACAGGAGUACAAACGAUGGUUUAGAGAAAGAAGUAAUGUGUUUCUGGGCUGUUUUGGGCUGUAUGGGCUCAUGCUACUGAUUUACUACGUAACUCAUCUGGAAACUGAUCCGUUGACUCAACGUUCGAGAUUUAUCAUUUUUAACAAAGAACAGGAGAAACAAUUGGGGAAGAUGCUUCUAGAAUCUCAUUUGGAAGCUCAUAAAGAGGAUGUGGUACCAACGACUCAUGCAGCUUAUAGGAGGCUACUGAGGGUGAUUGAAAAAAUUCUAGCAGCUAAUAAGGACCUAAAGUCAAUAAGAGAAGCACAGUGGAGCUUAACCGUUAUCAGCACGCCGUUAGUAAAUUCGUACAUCUUACCAGGUGGAAAUAUUUUUGUGUCUUUAGACAUUUUAAAUUUCGUCGAAAAUGAUGACCAAUUGGGUAUUGUCUUAACUCACGAAAUGGCUCAUUCGUUGCUGCUGCAUACGCUGGAAAUGUUGUCCAAUCAACUAUUGUGGGAUUUUUUAAUGGUAAUACCAAUGUUACUGGUUUGGGCGUUAUUGCCUUAUAUUGCAGCUCCAGUGGUUCAGUUUACGGGAGAACAAAUCGUGAAUAUCAUGUACAAAUUACCAUAUAAUAGAGUUUUGGAGAGUGAAGCUGAUCAAGUUGGAAUCAAGUUGGCGGCGAAAGCCUGUUUCGAUAUCCGCGAAGCCGUCGUAUUUUGGGCCACGAUGAGAACGCUCACGGAAAUACAUUCGCUGCCUGCGGAGUUGCCGUGGAUAUCGACGCAUCCCGCUCACGGUGAUAGAGAAAAGAAUAUGAAUCAGGCGAUGCCGGCUGCAUUAGAAUUGCGACGCGAUUCGGGAUGCUCAAGAUUGCCCGCGACAGAUCCAAGAGACGAAUUUUACAAACGAUCGACGAGGGAACAAGAGACGUUCUUUCGACAGAGAGGGAUAAUUCCAUGAGAAUCUCUCGAAUAUCCCGCUUGAUUUGAUCAAGCUGUCGUGCCUAGUUGAGCGAUCAAAAAGUGAGUUUGACUUCUCCUGAAAGUUUAUCAAAGUGCCUUGUUAUUAAAUUCAAGCGGUCAACAGUUGAUAAAAUUACCCGAAAUUCCGUUUACACGAUAUACUAUAAUAUUAUAAUAAGUUGCUCUCCGUCGUUCUCCGUCUUUCGAGUUGUCUCAUUUGUUAAUUAAUUUCUUCUCGCAGAUUGUAUAUUUGUAUGCAACAAGGUUUAUAAUUGUAAAUAAAGCAUAUAUUAUACUUUU